AUGGGUAAAAUCAACACCGCUGACAACGAGACGAGAUCGGACCUUUUCUCACCCUCCAACAAUCCUUUCGAGAAAAAUAGCCUCAGCGGCCAGUCCCAACGUCUUCCCUCCGUCCCGAACCAUCUCUCGUCCAUCCUCUCCAAAAUGGCUGCCUUCGUCAAGGCCAUCAACGCCAAGAUCCGGUCCAACCCGACGGUGAGCUACAUCUGCUCGACUCACUUCUGGGGACCUGUAUCGAACUUUGGCAUUCCCAUUGCCGCCGUUUUGGACACGCAAAAGAGCCCUGAUCUGAUCUCCGGACAGAUGACUGGCGCCCUUGUCAUCUACUCUGCGACUUUCAUGCGAUACUCUCUUGCCGUUACCCCCAGAAACUUCCUUCUGUUCGGAUGCCACGUCGUCAACGAGGCGGCGCAGCUGACCCAGGGCUACCGAUACCUGUCAUGGCACAAAUGGGGCGGAAAGGAGGCGGCUGCGCUGCAAGCUGGUGCUGAUGCUGGCAAAGAGACAUCUCCUCUUAAAUAA